UAUGUUAGGAAGGUUUCCCAUUAAGGUUUUCUAUAAUUAAGCUGUACAUUCUAUAAGACUGACAAAGUAACUAUAGAUGAGAUUUCAUACUCCAAAGCCAAAAUGGAGUUUUGGAUGACAAAUGAAGCUAAUUUUGAGGUGGCCAGAGCCAGUGCCAGUUCAGAUGCAGGAUAGCAGGUUCAUGUAUUAGAUGGUGGAAUGGGAAUUGUUGGAACUAAGUCAUUAGAGGCUAUAUACGAUGAGUAUGCUGAAGAUAAAAGACUGGUUGCUGAAUAUAGCUUACUGAUGGAAACCCAAGUGGUGCAGGAGAAAGAUGUUAAGCUGGCAACAAUUGAGAAUGAGAGGGAUUUGGUGGUGAAAGUCAGAGAACUGGAGGAGAAUAAGACUGAUUUUAGUGAUGAAAUGAAGAGAAAGGAAAAGGAGAUUCAAGGUUUGGAGGGGGGGAGGGGGUCUGCUUCUCAAAAUAAGAGGUUCAAUGGGAGAAGUAAUCAGUGUAAGGCUGUUGGGUACAAGAAAGUUAGCAUGUCUUGCAUAAAAAGAAACCAAAAAGAUGAGAUGAAUGGGGCAUAUGUCACCUUGCACUACUUGCUUAAUCCAAGGGCAGUGAAAAGAAUAAGCCAAGUUGAGAAGAUGCUAACUUCAUGGGGAUUUGGGUUUUACUUGCUUUCAAUGGAUGAGAAAACGUACAAGUUGAUUGGGGAGGAUUAUCCGGAAAAUCGAGCAGAGGAUGUUAAGAAUCCAAGGUUGUUGUGGAUGAUGGGUUUUAUAUUUGUUGUCAGUUUUCUUGGACUUUUUAGCCUUGUUCCUCUUCGGAAAGUUAUGGGUUUAGAUUAUGAGCUAACGUGCGUCACAAGAACUACCAUAGCAAUGUUGAUUGAUAGCUUCCAUAUAAAAAAUGGAGUUGAACUUGCCAGGAAGCAGGUGAGCUAUCUUGGGAAUACUGGAGCAUAAGUUUCAGCUGGAGUUGCUUUAAGUGGUUCUUCAGCGGUAUUGGUGAUUCCAUGGAUUUGACAAAUUUUCCAACCUUGGAUUGACCCAGCUCAACAACACUACUAGUGAUGGCAAGAAAACCCGCCCCGACAGGUUGGCGAGGCCCCGAACUUGCCUCGUGAAGAGGAAAAAAAAAUUGUUUCUAGACAAUUCACCCAUCAAAAACCAUUUUG